AUGGCUCCAGCAAGUAAGGAUGGCAACGGGUAUGAAAUACCCGCGUACCCGCGGAUACUAAACCCGGUGGGCGCGGGGUUUCCAUACUUCCAUCCGGCCAUCCCCGACGUCCCAAUUCCCAGCCGCCACCCCGUCUUCCCGCCCGCCCGCCUCCGUCCGCCCCCAUCCGCCCCGCCGCCGGCCCCGCGCUCCGCCACCCACCCCCGCGCCCCGGCCCCCGGCUCCGUCCCCUGCCCCGCGCUCCGCCACCCACCCCCCCCCCCCCCCCCGGCGCAAGCUCCGCCGCGGGGGAGCGCCCGCGCCAAGCUCCGCCGCGUCCCGCGUGAGCCAGCUUGCGGGUACAUGGGCGUGCCCGCGGUCUUCACAUACUUGGCAUCUGCCUCCUGUAAUAGUCCAUCUUUCACGAUUUGGGAUGUGUCUCAAGGGUUGGGUACUCCUAUACGGCGUGGAUUAAGUAAUAUAUCACUACUGCGGUGGUCACCUAGUGGAGAUUAUCUUCUAGCUGCUAAAUUUGAUGGAACUUUUCACUUCUGGGAGACAAACACAUGGACUUCAGAACCUUGGUCUUCAUCUAAUGGAUAUGUGUCUGGAGCGAAUUGGGACCCAGAAGGUCGUGUUGCAUUGGUAUCCUUUUCUAACUCUACUACACUUGGCUCAAUUCACUUCUCAUCUAAGCCACCAUGUUUAGAUGCUCAUCUCCUACCAGUUGAACUUCCAGAAAUUUCCUCCCUGAUUGUCAGCCGAGGCAUAGAAAAAUUAUCAUGGGAUGCUUCAGGGGAGCGUCUGGCAUUGUCGUUCAAAGAUGGAAAUGGAAUGUACCGUGGUCUUGUUGCUGUAUAUGACGUGAGGAGAUCUCCACUUGUCUCAGUAUCACUAGUUGGGUUCAUUAGAGGACCUGGAGAAGGAGUGAAACCACUUGCUUUUGCUUUUCAUAAUAAAUUUAAGCAAGGACCCUUGCUUUCUGUGUGCUGGAGCAGUGGCUGGUGCUGUACAUAUCCACUGAUACUCCGUUCUCAUUAACUCCAAUCGUGGCGUCUCGCCAGUUCAGGACUGAUUGUUUCAACUACUGCUGUCGACCUGGAAUAUCGAACGUUUCACAUAGAGGUUGGAAAACAAUUUUCGAAGUACUGUUGAUGUCUUGUAUAGAUGUAUUGCAAAGCCCUGCUUUUGUUAAGCAGGUGCAAUUUCUAUGCGCCUAGGAGAAAUGCAAAGCAUGAAUUGCAUCCCAUAUAUGUAAUGUAACAUUGUAGCUUGAGAAAGGAUGUCUGUCUAUUA